CCCCCUUUAUGGGGUAGGAGAGGUCUUGGCGUGACGGGGAGCCAUUGAAAGGGGGGCGGCGGUAAAGAGUGAGUGUGACAGCAUUCCACUGAGUACAAGCAGAUGGUGCAGGAGACAAAGUGAAGACCUGGAGGUUGAGUCGUCACCAAACCAGAGGAAUCAGUGAUGUGGACAAAGAGACUGACCAUGAGCUGUGGAGAAGACUGAGACCUCUGGAGACUGUGUGGGAUCAUGGCUCACCUCGGGGUGAUUCUGUCACUGUGGGCUUUAUCAGCCAUCUGCACAGGAAGUCUAGUCACUGUAAACUCCGGUGUUGAGGUCACCAGGGGGCGCUCUGUGUUCAUCACAGACAAACAGCUGAGGAUCAGCGUGGACCCGAGCACUGACUGUCGGGUGGAGGCGGUGCUGAAUGAGCCUGUCACACAGAGAGUGGGAAAGUUCACGCCACAGGUGUUUGACUGCAGUUUCCUGGAGAACGAGCUGAAGUAUGUCCACAAUGGAAGUCCUUUAUUAAAAGAGGACUCAGUGAUGCUGAGAGUCUACAGGUUCACGUCCUCGGACACCCUGGUGGAGACGGUGGUCUUGCGGGUUCAGGUGGUCGAGUCCAGAUCCCAAGUGGUGGAGCUCAGCAGCACUCCGCUAGUUGUUCCUGAAUUUUACGGCCUGUCCAACGCCAUCGAUAACUCCGUGCUGAGUAUCCGAACCCGAGCCGAUGCCAUCUGCACAGUCAGACUGAUGACCUCUGACACCAACACUUUGACCCUGGGCCAGCUGGUGAGAGAGGAAGACUCAGCUCCAAAGAAAGGACGACGGACAGCGGCGCUUUGUGCAGGAAACAAACCGUGUCUCCACCACGCCGACCCGGUUAACAUCCUUAAAACUGGCUGUCAGGAUUUUCUUCAGUCGGGCCUGAAGUACCAGCACCUCAGUCCUCCAUCACCAGAUAUUGACUACAUCCCCAUCAGGGUGGAACUGAGGGACCAGGCUACCAGGGCUCUGCUGGAGACGGAGGCGGUUUGGUUGCCAGUUCUCAUUCACGGGGCGAUGCAGAACCAGCCUCCUCAGCCCGCCUUCAUGGCCUCCUUCAUCCUGGAAGUGGACCAGUUCAUACUUACCCCUCUCACCACCGCCACCCUGGAUGCAAAGGACCAUGAAACACCUCAGGAGAAGCUCAUCUUCAAUGUGACCCGCCUGCCUGCUGAAGGCUACAUCACCCACCUGGACGACCACACCAAGCCCACCACCUCCUUCACCUGGCUGGACCUCCACGAGCUGAAGGUGGCCUACCAGCCCCCAAACAGCAGCCAGACGCACCGCAGGAAUUAUGAGGUUGAGUUCCAGGCGAUAGAUAGUUCCUACUUGACCAGUCUGCCCAUCAUAGUCCACAUCUCCAUCCGAGCAGCCAAGACAAACGCCCCGAGAGUCUCCUGGAACAUGGGUCUGGACCUGUUGGAGGGUCAGUCUCGAGCAAUCACCUGGGAGGAGCUGCAGGUUGUGGACAGUGACAACAUUGAUGCUGUGUACCUGGUGGCCGUGGAUGGACCUCUGCAUGGACGCCUCAGUGUCAGAGGGUCGAAGGCCUUCAUGUUUCAUGUGCAGGACCUGAGAAACGGCGCAGUCGUGUAUCAUCACUCUGACAGCGACACCACACGUGAUCACAUCGUCUUCCGGAUCAGUGAUGGGCACCACAGCAUCCGCCACAAGUUCCCCAUCAACAUCCUGCCAAAAGACAACUCGCCGCCGUUCCUCAUCAACAACGUGGCGGUGGAGGUGCAGGAGGGCGGAGCCGUGCAGCUGAAGGACUACAUGCUGCUGGCGUCCGACCUGGACUCCAGUGAUGAUGACAUCCUUUACCAGAUUGUCGCCUCCCCCAGGGCGGGGCAGCUGGUGAAGAAGCACGCCCCCCAGCAGUCAGGAACACCUGUGGACCGUUUCCUGCAGAGAGACCUGGUCCAGGGUCUGAUCUACUACCAGCACGCAGGACAGGAAGAAUUUGAAGACAUCUUUGACAUCACGCUGUCUGACAGCCACCGCCCCCCGAACCUCUCACACACAUAUACUGUGGUGGUCCACGUGUUCCCAGUGGAGGACCAGCUGCCUGUAGAGGUUUCGGGCACCGUUCGUUCGCUAACAGUAAAGGAGAUGGAGGUGGUUUCCAUCACGCGGGCUCACCUCCACUUCACACACCGAGAACAUCCAGAUACUGACCUGACCUACAUCAUCACCCAACCCUGCUUCAGCCCGCUGUAUCCUGGAAUGAUGGACGCAGGACGCGUGUUCUACACGGACGUCACCAGCACCAUGAAGAAAGACACCAUGGUUCCCGUGUUAAAGUCCUUCACACAGCAUUCAGUCAACUACAUGAAAGUCGCCUUCAUGCCUCCGAUGGAGGACAUUGGUCCAGAGCCUCUGUUUGUCCAGUUUGUCUUCUCUGUCAGUGACCAUCGGGGCAGCACCAUCUCUGGCCUCAUCUUCAACAUCACCGUCCUCCCCGUGGACAACCAAACACCAGAGGCCUUCACCAACCUGCUGCGGGUGGAGGAGGGAGGAGGAACCUUCCUGACGGAGGAGUACCUCAUGAUCCGGGACCGGGACAGUCUGGAGGAGGAGCUGAGGGUGGAGCUUCAGAGGGAGGCGGACCACGGCUGGCUGGAGCUGCAGGGCCGGAUGGUGAAACCAGGAGACAGGAUGACCCUGCAGGACCUGAGAGGCCUCCAGCUCAGGUACGUCCACGAUGACUCCGAGUCCACCGACGAUGCCGUCCACCUGAAGGUGACGGAUGGUCUGAAUGCUGUCGAGGUCAUCCUGCCGAUACAGGUGUUGCCCAUGAACGAUGAGCCCCCCCAGCUUGGUCGGGGCUUACGGGGGGAGCUGAGCUGUGAGGAAGGGGGGCGGGCCCAGGUGAGCGUGGACUACCUGUCAGCCACUGACCGGGACAGCGACGACUCCAGACUGACCUACAUGCUGGCUCGCAGUCCGAUACGAGGGGAGCUGCAGAGGUCUGGGCAACAGAUCCACAAGUUCUCCCAGCAGGACCUGACACAGGGACACAUCUUCUAUGUCCAUACAGGAGGCGAGAUCGGACCCGAGCCAGUCUCGGACACCAUCACUCUCAUCGUCUCUGAUGCCGAGGCCGGAGGGACGGACAGCUGUUGUCAUGGAGAUGUCCCGCCCCCACCGGUCCCACUACAUGGCACACUUCCUGUUUAUGACCUCAACAUCACCAUUCUCCCCAUCAACAACAAAGUUCCAACCCUCUUCCUGGGUGAGAUCUUGCUGGUCGUGGAUGAGGGUUCCAGAGCCUGUCUUUGUGGGGGGGUUCUCGGGGCCUCUGACACAGACAGCAGCCCUGAGGAGUUGACCUUUCACCUUCAGACCCCACCUACUCAUGGUUUCCUGGAGAACACGCUGCCGGCACCGGGUUCAGAAAAGAGCAACGCUGAACAGCGAGUUGAAUCCUUUAGUCUCACCCACCUCACCGCCGGCUACAUCAACUAUGUCCAGUCUGAGCACAAAGGGGUGGAGCCCACUGUUGACCAAAUGUUCAUCAGCGUGACUGACGGGCUGCAUAGCUCCGCCCCUGUUCCUUUUUACAUCAUCAUCAGUCCGACCAAUGACGAGACGCCAUCGCUGCUACUCACAAACUUCACCGUGAAGGAAGGCGGGAUCAGGGAGCUGACAUCAUCCAUACUGGACGGUUUGGACCUUGACGCUCCACCAGACAUCCUGACCUUCACGGUGGUGGAGCCGCCACACCACGGCGCCCUGAUAAACGCCGUGUACGGCACAGACGUGAGCCGCUAUCAGGAGAUGGGCGUGGCCUUCCUGCAGAGGAGCCUCCCUGUUGGUUCCUUCACUCUGCAGGAGCUCCGACAAGGUACAAGGAUCGCGUACGUGCAUGAUGACACAGAAACCCUGAAGGAUGUCGUGACACUGCGGCUGACAGAUGGCAUCCACAAUGUGCAGAGGACGGCACAGGUCACCGUGCUGCCCGUCAACGAUGAGACACCGCAGCUGAUCAAGAACGCCGGGCUGGAGCUGGAUUCGGGCGAGCGCAGGGUGAUCUCCAGCGUGGUCCUGGAGGUCCAGGACCAGGACACGCCCCCCACUCACCUCUAUUUCUUUCUGAACACCACGCCACGCUUUGGAAAACUGCAGCUGAAGGCGGCGGCGGGUUGGACUGAGCUGUCAGCCGGUCAGAACUUCACUCAGGACGACGUGGAGAUGAACCGUCUGUGGUACACACACACCACCAGCACCUCUGGGUUCAAAGGUCACGACAGCUUCCGCUUCUUUGUCAGCGACCUGGACAACGAGACGCCUGAGCAGGACUUCAUCCUCUCAGUCCACACUGUGGACAAAGGUGACGUAGUGCUGCAGAGCAAGGCAGUGAGGCUGAUGGAGGGGCAGCGGGUCGUCCUGAACACAGACAUCCUGCUGGCAUCGGACUCAGCGGGACGUCCGGAGGAGCUGCUCUACACCAUGUCGCUCCCGCCCAGAUACGGGCUGGUCCACGCCAUCCACCAACCGGGUCUGCCGCUGCUCAGCUUCAGCCAGCUGGACGUGGCCGCGCACCGCGUGUGUUACACCCACGACAACAGUCACGGCGCCGACGCCGACUCCUUCAGUUUUGUUGUUACAAACGGCGACUCUUCCCAUAACGGCACGCUGCGCUUCAUCAUUGAGCACAGCGACCGCAUCCCUCCAACCCUCAGCCACAACGCCGGCCUCCAACUACAAGACAGCAGCACAAAGAUCAUCUCCAACGAUGAGCUACAGCUAACUGACCCCGACACCGCUGUGGCCGAUCUAAGCUACAGCGUCACGCAGCUGCCACGCCACGGAAAGCUCCUCCUGCACGGAGUCCCGCUCACACUGCCGCCGAGGUUCACCCAGAACCACGUGGACCAACUGAGCCUGGCCUACCAGCACAACCCGGGUAGUCGAGCCCAGAUGGACAUGUUCUACUUUAUGCCAAGUGAUGGAAACAACGUGGGUUACCUGGAGUUUGGUCAGCUGAGGGAGGGGCCUGCCGUGUUUAACAUACAGGUGGAUCACGUGGACAGGACACCACCCAGUCUGACCACCAAGAGGAGUCCUAGUGCCGUGGUCCAGUUGGCCGACGGCAUCGAGCGUUACGGAGUCUUUAUCACCUCCAAACACUUGCAGACCUCUGACCCAGACAGCCCCACACAGGAGGUGGAGUUUUCCAUCAGCAGGCCCCCACACUUUGGUUACCUGGAGAACGUUGUCACAGGUGCUUACAUCAAAGGUCGUUUCACCCAGAAGGACGUGGACCGGCGUGCCGUGACCUUCAUCGUUCCCGCCAACACGGAGGUGACGGCUGACAGCUUCCAGUUCAUGCUGACUGACCCGGCAGGAAACACUGCGCUGCCCGAAACACUGGAGGUGUCCUGGUCCCGGGUCCAGCUCUCAGCAGCCGUCUACAGAACCUGUGAGACAGCGGGGACGCUCCAGAUCCAGAUCCAGCGCAGCGGCACGAGUGUGGACCCGGCUUACACAGCCAUCCAGGUGGACGGAGGAUCGGCCAAACCUGGAACAGAUUUCACCCACAGCACAGCCGGUCUGAUCCAGUUUGAUCCAGGCGUCAAUGUGAAAACCUGGAACAUUUACCUGAUCGACGACGGUCUGGAGGAAAACCACGAGACCUUCACCGUCACCCUGAAGAACCAAAAGAACGCUGUCCUGGGCCAAAGGACAUCUGCCAGGGUGGAGAUCAUCGACCCCAGAGGAGGGAGGUGCCUCCCCGAUGACCUGAGGGUGGAGGAGGCUGAAGGGAGGUCCCCACCUUCUCACCCAGAGGUGGACCACGAGGACCCCGUCACCGACAUCGAGGCCAAGCUUCUCUGGGAGAACAGACCACACCCACCCCGAGGUGACGUCCCACACCGGCGGUCUGACCUGGACUAUGUAGAGGGGGAAGUAGAACCACAGGACCAGGUGGCCCCCAGCUUCAUUCACAUCCAUCCUCAAAACACCAGGGCGGUGCCGUGGUUAGGCCCUGGUGGAGCUGGACAAUCCAGGGUCCAGCUGGCAGGAGACAGAAGAUCUGAGGAGAAGGUCUGGACGUUCCACAGCCUGACUCCUCUCCGGCUGGAGGAAGUCGGUCCGGACAGCUCCGAGUGGAACUGGUCGCCUCACUCACGCAACCUGCAGGAACUCCAGGUCAGCGACACAUCGCAGACAGACAACCCCGGACACAAAGAGCACGUGGAGUUACACCAGCACAAGGCGGGUCGGUCUGUAAGCAGCUCCUGUCCUGAUGGCUGGACUCACCACAGGAGGCGCUGUUACAUCCUCAGCUCCUCUGUGGCGAGCUGGGCGAGCGCCGAGCGGAGCUGCUCACUGCUGUUGAACAGCAGCCUGAGCCGCGCGCGCUCCAGGAAAGACAUCAACUGGAUGUGGAAGUUUGCAGGGAAGAAGUCGUUUUGGAUCGGACCGUCUGCUCGUCCACACAGCCGCUCUGUGUCUCUGUUCAAACUGAAGGGGGCGCCACCGGGUCAGAUCAGCUCUGACGUGGGCUCAGAAUGUGUGCUGGUUGAAAACCCUCGACGGUGGAUUUCUACAAACUGCUCUGCUGAUACACAACACAGGUUCAUCUGCUCAACCUCGACUCUGACUCACUGAGUGCGUUCAAAGGUCUCAACCAAUCAGAACAAGUCGCUGUUCAGCCCCGACACUCUCAGCCAAUCAGAACGAGCCGCUGUUCGGCCCUGAUGCUCGUCUCCACUUUUAUCUAAAACGUCUGUUUGUUCUCUUGAGCUGAUUUCCACUAAACCUGAUUUGUGGCUGAAAGUCAAGAGCGGAAUUUAAAAGGUUAAUUUUGGCAAAGGUCAAGAUCACUGAGGUUGAAGGUCAUGGAAGUAGAUUUUUAGCCUAAUUUGAACCAAUCACAGCACACACACACACGUCGGUGGGUCCCUGAAUCAUUCAGGUGGAGGUCAGUGAUGUGAUCUGCUGGGUGUUUUCGGCCUGCGCUGCACCUGAUGCCUCGACAGAAUUCUUGCAUCGACUUCUUGGACCCGGACAUGAAUGCCAUCAUGUCGGCUGAUUUUGGUAACGCCCCUUUUUUGAAACACAAGAAAGUCACAAAUAUUUUAGUGACAUUUUGACAGAACAAACAGAAGCAUUUUCAUUAACAUUCUAAGACUGUGGGUGGAGUCUCACUGUGGGCGGGGCCCAUUCAGUUCGACCACACACACGUCAGGUAACGUCAAAAUAACUAAUUCAGUAAUCAGCGAUUUCCUCAACAACUCCAAAAUUCCAGACAGAAUAUUUUGGGUAACAACUCCAAAAUGAAAAGACUCAGCUGUGGGUGUCAGGGGUUGAUGUCCAAUGUGUGGCCCGUGGCCCACAUUUGGCCCACACUGUGUUUCUGGCCGGCCACGAUAAUUAAUAAAUUAACUGCAUAUAAAUAAAUUACUGUUAAACAGAUUAAACAGUGGACUUUUCUGAUUAUUUUGAAAUUUAAAAUUACAGUCAGUGUUCAUUUCCUGUACAACAUAUUUAAUUGUAUUUUUUGUGUAUUUACUUCACACAAUAUGAAUUAUGAUUAUUUUUGUCCUCUGAUCUUCCAUCCAGAUCAAUUUAUGGACCAACAAAGGAGGGUUUUGGGUUAAAGGUUUUCUGGUUUAAAGUGAA